GUUUAUCAUCUCUCAACCCUGAAAUUGACCGUUCGACAGACUUUCUUUAAUGGCAUUAUUGCCUUCAAGUCUUUGAGUAGACCGGCUUUUGGGAUUCACCAAGCCGCAAUAUUUCCGGUCUACUUCUCCUUACAAUCUUUCCUCCCAAUUCUUGUCGCUUUGACUGGUCUUAAAAGUUCUCAGUCCGCAGGAGAUGCAACGAAUAUCCUCAGUCAUCUAUAUUGGUGUAUGGCAACAGUCUCUAUUGCUGGCUUGAUCAACUUAAUCAUAUUCCGGCCACUGACAAGAAAUGCAGUUGAAGCCAGAAACUUGCAGGGAUUGAUGGAUCGACGAGGAAACAACCCUCACUUUAUUUCUCCGGAGAAGAAGGCUCUCGACCGGCGCUUCAAAUACAUUCAUGCUACCUCUAUUUGUAUAAAUUUUGGUGGAUUAAUUGCCACCGGUCAGUAUGGCUCAAUACUUGCUAAAUUGCUAGAUUGA